AUGUCGUGCAUAGAAAAUCCUGGCGAGACGGGAUGGGAGAGCGUGCGACGCGCGCUGGAGGAGAAAGCGUCCCAGCGGCUCGAUGGAAGGCGAUCGUUAGAGCACCACGCGAUUGGCGCGGUGAAAGUGCUUCAGCGACGACUGAGCAACUGCGGCGCGGCGGAGAUUCUGGAGCGGAUACAGAUGGAAGGUGAGGAGGUGACGGACGAGCAAGAUGGCGACAACGACGAUGACAGUGACGGCGGCGCGCGCUGCGAGGCGGCAGGCGGCGCCGAUUUACGCGCGCGGCCUGUUACCGGGGGGGGCUCCGCGCGAUGGUGGCCCGGAUGGGCGGGGCCCGCGCGCCUCGAUGCCGCGCAGGCGUGGUGGGAUGGUGCGAUGCGAGACAAGAAAGAGGAGGGAAUGCGAGCGCGCUGGCAGCGCAUGGGCGUACACCUGCGCUACCUGCAUGCGCGCAGCAUAGUGCAUCGCGACCUCAAGACCGAUAACCUGCUGCUCGACCAAAAGCACAGGGUGGUGAAGAUUGCAGACUUCGGCGUGUCGAGGGUGGAGCCGGGCGAUUGCUCCAUGAAGCGCCGCACGGGCACCUACGGCUACAUGGCGCCCGAGGUGCUCAAGGAGCAGCCGUACGACCACAUGGCGGACGUGUACAGCUACGGCAUCGUGCUGUGGGAGAUUGUCACGUGUGGUAACCCGUUCCCCUUUGAAGGACUCAAGCCUGAGCAAGUCUGCAGCAUGGUCAACCAGGGCCUGCGUCCAGACAUCCCCUCCUCGUGCCCACCCCCCCUGGCUGACCUCAUGCGGCGCUGCUGGCACCACACGCCUGCCCGCCGCCCGGACAUGUGCGAGGUGGUGCAGCGGCUCCGCGGCCUCUCCCUGCAGUGCGCACCUGCCAUUCCCGCCUGCGCCUGCAUGUAG